AAUAGUAGUUUGUACACAAGUUCAGCAACAUUUUCGUCAAACUAUUUUUUUCUUGUACAAAAAUAACAUAAAAAUGAUGUGAAGAAAAUACGACAAAAAGGAACAUUUGAAGAAAAAAAACAAUGGAUGUAGUUCCAAGUGAUGUCGGAAAAAGAAAGAGAGAGAUGGAGUCUUCGGGAACAAAUCAAAGAUCGAAGAUACAAUAUUGUGUUGUACGAGAUUGCACAAAUUUCCGUGGAUCAAAAGAUCUAGGUACCUAUUUUUUCACACUGUCAAGCCUUAAUCUUUCAGUGGAAACACGAAACAAAUGGGAAUUGGCUAUAACUGGCAAGCAAACUGGCAAUAUGUAUAUCGGAAAGAUUUGUGAUCGCCAUUUCAAGCGUGAUGAUAUGUACUACAGAAAAGGUGUACCAUCUCGCUUACGACCUGAGGCAUUUCCUGUCUUGCAUUUGCCGCAAUACACCACAAAAAAUGUCACGCAAGAGGCAAAUCCUCUAUUUGGUGAACUGAAGCUAGUUGAUAUUGAUGCAAUUAAAAACAAUACAAAUGACACCGAAUUGAUUAAAAAUAGGUUUUCCAAGCAAUCGAGUCUAUGUGAACAUUGCACUCAAAAAGAUGUGAAAAUAGAAUCGUUAAAAGCAAAAAUAUUCGAUUUAGUGAGAGAAAAUCAACAAUUCAGAGAUCGAAUCAAAAACAUGGAAUCUAUGUUGACAAAUGGUCAAACAAAUAAUGAAAUAAUUGAAUCGUCAACAUUAGAUGGAAUAGACGAAUUGGAGCAAAGUGUUUCGGCAAAAAAAAUUGAUUUGCCGCAAUCUCUUGAGACGGUGCAUAUAAAAGUGGAAGCUGACGUUGAAAUAAGUGAACCAAUCGAACAGUCAACAUUGCAAGAAGUAGUCAAGGUGGAGCCAAAACAAGAGUCGAAUCCACACAUCAAUAAGUAUUUCAAAUGCGGCGAAUGCGGAAUGACAUUCCAAAAGCCACUGCAAUUAAGUUUCCAUAUGCAUAGUGCACAUCUGAAGAUGAAACUUUUUCAAUGCAGUGAAUGCAAUAAGACAUUCGAGGAACCACUGAACCUAAAAGAACAUGUCCGUUAUAUUCACAACAGACCCAAGGAAACUAAACGUGUUCGAUGUUAUUUGUGUAAACAAAAAUUUAGUUCGCGAGAGGAACUUCUGGCACAUAGAGGCGAUGCUCACAAGAAAUGUCCCAAAAAAAUCAAAUCUUUUCAAUGUGUUUUGUGUAAAUUAGAAAUUGAUUCCAAAGAGGCGCUUCGGAUGCAUAUGAAGCUACAUUCGCGAGACCAUCUAUGCGACGUCUGUAAAGUGCCCUUUACUUUGGACGAAUUGAACAAUCAUUUGUGUGACAACGAAGGAAGCGUUUGUUGUGAAUAUUGUCAACAGACUUUUACAACAACAAUCAAAUUGUUAGAACAUCUUGGAACACAUGACAAGAAAAAGUUUUAUCGAUGUGAUGAAUGCCCGAAAUCGUUUCCAAUGAUCAAACUUAAACAGUAUCACAUAACAGUAUCACACUCAAAGCCAAAAUUGUUCACUUGUACAAUAUGUCGCAAGGCAUUUGCAACAAAAAGAUCUCGAACAACUCAUGAAAAAUCACACAAUGCCGUAAGAUCCCAUCUCUGUGAUGAAUGUGGACGAGGGUUUCGAUCCGCUCGAAAUUUGAAAUUACAUAAAGAGUCAAGUAUGCAUGCUGCAGAGGCACUUUUUCAGUGUCCUGACUGUCCACAUAAAUGCUACAGAAAAGAUCAGUUGAAACGACACAGUGUAAUCCAUAGCAAUGAUAGUUUCGUUUGCGAGAUCUGUACCGCCCAACUUCCAUCCAUGAAAAAUUUAAUGCGGCAUAUGACACGACACACGAGAACUGAGGCCAACCGAAAAUAUGCCUGCUCACUGUGUCCGAUGAAAUUUUUUUCAGCUAAAGUAUUAAAGGAACAUCAGGCUGUGCAUGGCAAUGCCAAAUUACACGCUUGUCAAUAUUGUGAACAAUCUUUUAAAUAUGCUGGAGACUUGUAUAAACAUUUGAAAAUACAUCUUGGCGAACUGCGGUAUCAAUGUGAGAAAUGCGACAAACGAUUCAAAUAUAAAGUAGAAGCAGUUCAACAUGAAUUUGAGCACUAUAAACAAGAAAAAAAUGAAAGAAAUGAAAUUGAAUAGUGUUCUGGGUCUGGUUCAGUUUUUUAUUCUAAUAUGCGAUAAUAUGAAAUAAAUUGUUUGGGAAAGUAAUUAAAAAUCAGAUCAAACUAAGACAGUAUCACAAGAAAACGAUCACGGAAAAUAAGAUGCUAAAAGGCAUAAGAUACAGCAUAAAAUAGGAAUCAAAUAGUAAAUAAUUUGAAAGCACGAUAAACCAAAUUUGAUCGGCAAAGAAGCGAUAAGAAUUCUGUCUAAAAUGAUAAAAAAAUAAAAUUCACGUAUAGUUGGCGCUACAUUCUUAUUGCAUAAGCGUAUACUUUCCACUUAGUCCGUUGCAACGGAAAACAAGUUUGCAUAGAAUGCAGCGCCAACUAUAUGUAAAUUUUAUUUUUCAUCGUUUUAGACAAUAAAUCUAUGGUUUUCUUAUGGCUUCUUUGUUGUAGAAACAUUUUCUAUGGCAAAAAACAUAACCCGGUUCAAUUUUGUAUACUUUAAUGUUAGAAUAACGAUCAAUUUUUAAAAACGUUUUAAAAAAUAAAAUAAAAGAAUAUAAAUUCAAU